GUGGCAGGGCGGGGCGCGCCGGCCGGGCCGGGCCGGGCCGGGGGUGUCGGAUGUCACCCCCAGCGCACACCUCGGCCGGGGGGCGGAGGAGCGAACCACUGAGAUGCGGAGACCUCCCCGGUCCUAGAGCGGAGCAGGAAGUGUCCCAGGGGAGGGAGCCGGAGGGCUUCGGCCUUUCCUUUCCUCCGCGUCCGGCGGGCUCCGGAGGCGGUCAGGCCUGCACGGCCCGCCAACUGGGACGCGGCGCGGCGGCGCCUCCAUUUGCUACCAUUUCUUCCCUCCUAAGCGGAGCCGUGGUUUUCUGGAUGAGCAGGAGACGGGGGCUCGGCUAGCCAGGGACGGAGUGGCCUCUGCAGAGAACCCGCCUCAGGAAGCACACCCGGGGGACCGGGCUGGAAGGAUGAGGAGCUGCUGCCGCAGACUUCCGCCGCAGGAGGGAUUUGAGUUAGACGCAGGGAAGGAGUUCCAGGCUGUGAGCUCAUUUUGUAAAGGUCUCAAGGGCAAGGACGGUGACUUUGGCUCUGAAGCCUCAAGAUAGCGGCCUUCUCAGCUCGUCCAUUUCAGGUCCUUUCCAGGAGGACCUGGACACCGAAGGGUCGUCUUCUGCUGCUGACCCCCAUCAAAUCCCAUCAUGCCCACAGCCCUGUGCCCCCGAGUCUUGGCUCCGAAGGAAAGUGAGGAGCCCAGGAAAAUGAGGAGCCCACCGGGAGAGAACCCUAGCCCCCAGGGUGAGCUUCCCAGCCCCGAGUCCUCCCGCCGCCUCUUCCGACGUUUCUGCUACCAGGAGGCGGCGGGCCCCAGGGAGGCCCUGCACCGCCUCUGGGACCUGUGCCGGGGCUGGCUGCGGCCUGAAAGGCACACCAAGGAGCAAAUUCUGGAGCUGCUGGUGCUGGAGCAGUUUCUGGCCAUCCUGCCCCGGGAGAUCCAGGGCUGGGUGCGGGCCCAGGAACCUGAGAGUGGCGAUCAGGCUGUGGCUGCUGUGGAGGCACUGGAACGAGAGCCGGGGAGACCCUGGCAAUGGCUCAAGCACUGUGAAGACCCCGUGGUGAUUGACGAUGGGGACAGCCCUCCAGACCAGGAGCAGGAGCGGCUGCCAGCAGAACCCCAGAGUGACCUUGCAAAGAGCCAGGACGCCCAGCCCAUGGCCCUGGCUCAGGGCCCCGGGCUUCCAAGCAGACUCUCGGGCCAGCUCAGCGGGGACCCAGCUUGGCUGCUGCAAGAGGCCUAGCUUUCAGCCUGUCUCAGCUUUUGACGUGCCUUCCUCACUUCGUUUAAUUAUUUCUGUCUUUUGAUUUAAAGUGAGAGAAUAGAGAGGCCCGAGGAGAGGGAGAGAAGUAUGGGAGCCACUGGAACACACACAACAUUUAUCAGUUAAGUUUGUUGUCUUAUAUGGGCAUGGUUUACGGCACCCCAAAACAAUUACAAUAGUAACAUUUAAGAUCACUGAUCACAGAUCACCGUAACAAAUACAAUAAUGGAAAAGUUUGAAAUGUUAUAAGAAUUACCAAAAUGUGACACAGAAACGUGAAGUGAGCAAAUUCUUUUGGGAAAAUGUUACCAGUAGGCUUGUUUGAUGCAAGGUUGCCACAAACCUUCAGUUUUUAAAAAAAGUAAUAUCUGCAGAGUGCAAUAAAAUGAGGUAUGCCUGGAUACCCAUAAAAUACUGAACAGGGGGCCUGAGCUGCCCAUGGUUUGUUUGGAUUUUUUUGAUUUUUUUUUUUUUUGCUGUGCCAUGCAGCAUGCGGGAUCUUAGUUCCCUGACCAGGGAUCAAACUCGUACCCCCUGCAGUGGAAUCAUGGAGUCCUAACCACUGGACAACCAGGGAAUUCCUGCCCAUGAUUUCUAGUUGAAGUAAUUAAUCAUCAUGGAAAGAAGUGGUGCUCUCAGUUUGAAGGAAGUGACCUGUAGGGUGUGAGGGUUAGUUUGGGCAGAGUUGUGCUACAGUUGUGCUAUAGUUAUAGAUGGAAAAAGAAAGUAUGAGGAGACCAGGAAUGCGUUCCUAUGAUUCACAGAAGUUGUCCUUGUCAUUGUAAUAAGGUUUUCAGUUUUUAAAAGUUACAUAUUACAUUUCUUUAUGUGUGAAACUAUACUGAUUUCUGUACAAAUCAAAUUAACGCUCCAGCCUCUCCUUGGUUAAAAGUCAAGACAGAUGUGCUAGUUUGUUUGGGCUGCCAUAAUAAAGUCCCACAGACUGGGCAGCUUAAACAACAGAAAUUUAUUGUCUCAUGGUUCUGAAAGCUGGAAGUCCUAGAUCAAGGUAUCAGCAGAGUUGGUUUCUCCUAAGACCUGAUUCUCCUUGGCUUCUAGACAGCCAUCUUCUCCCUGUUUCCUCACAUGGUCUUCCCUGUGUCUGUGUCCUAAUCUCCUCUUAUUAUAAGAGCCUCAGGCAUAUUGGAUUAGGGCUCACCCCAAUUACCUCAUUGUAACUUAAUUAUCUCUUGAAAAGCCCUAUGUCCAAAUCUAGUCCCAUUCUGAGGUACUGGGGGUUGGGACUUCAACAUAUGAAUUUGGCAGGGGUGCAAUUCAGCCCAUAACCACAGGCAUGAGAAACAACCAUUUGCCCAAAUAAACAAUGCAUGUGCAAGCAGCCUGGGUUAUGCAGGUUGAUGAUGGCCAUGACAGGACCCUCAGGAGGAGGAGGUGCUUCAGGAACUGUAGCAGCCUGCUCACUUCCGGGUGAAGUUCUGAGAUGAUCCAGCUACCAUGGAUGGGCUUUGGGGCAAAAGGGUCAGCGCUUCCAUUUCCUUGAGCAAUAAUGAAUGGACAAAGUAGGCAUGAUGAGAGUUAGCUGUUGACACCUUAAACGUUCAGGUGAUUUAUCAUUGGGAAGCACUUCCAGUAAAAGCCAUAUAGUUCCUAAUCUUGAAGCUUUUCCCCCAAAUAUAGAUUUUGCUUAGAGGCUGAAAGCUGUCCAAAGUAAUCUUUAAAGCGUCGAUGUGCUCAUUUAUCAGGUGAAAGAUAGGGUAGGGCUGUGUUUUAUACCCCAGAAGGUGGUAGGUAUGAGAGCAGAAUGAAAACAUGCCUUCCUCGAAUCCAUGCCCACCUAGCCUGAGCUGCUGGCAGCGGAGUGAUGAGGCUGCCUUCCGUGGGGAAUUCUCCUCACACACCCCCACCCCAGUGUCACUGCUGGUCUGAGCUGGCUCCUGUCUCAGGCUGUCGUUCCAAAUAGCCACACCUGCCCCUGCUGUUUGCCGAACGCUUUAUGUCCCAGGUGUGAGAGGUGAGGAACACUGGCUUCUAAUGUUAGCUUUGACACUGAUUUCACAUCAUGAGCUGCGGGUAACCUCCCAGAUUGUCUCCAAACUGAGAGGUGAUAGUGCAGCUUCUUCUGUGAAAGGGGUACCUUUUUGAAACACAGCUCAUUUCGACAUGGCUGCACCAUGGGCCAGGUAUGUGGCUCACUUCUUGCAGAAGCCUGGGCACAUGCUGGUCAGGGGAGAGAAAUCAUAUGAGAAUGUAGCAGAAGCGCUUGGGAGCCCAAGAUAAGGGAGAGUGAGAUGAUCCCAGUACUACAAUGUGUACACAUUUUGAGUGAUGGUGGUUGGGCACUGUGGGAGGUGCUCUUCCAGGAGCAUCUGAUAGAGAUAAUAGUCUUUCUUAAAGAGCUUUGCAAUUUAUAAACUUAUAAAUGUAUACAUUUAUAUGACACUGGAGUCCCACAAUAAUCUUAAUUGCUAACAGCUCUUACUGACCCCUUUUACUCCAUGGACCUCUAACCUUCAUUUCCCUUGUAUUGUGGAUGAUACAGCUGACGUCCCUGGACCUUCAGGGAGUCACAUAGCUAGUUGGUGGCAGAGCCAACUGGACCCCAGGCAUUCCCCGUUACUGCCCCCACUGACAUGUCUGAAAGCAAAGUGACAGAAAUCCUUAUUUUGCAAGUGCUUUUUUUUUUUUUUUUUUUACUUAAAUUAUUUAUUUAUUCAUUGGCUAUGUUAGGUCUUUGUUGUUGCGCGCGGUCUUUCUCUAGUUGCAGCGAGCGGGGGCUACUCUUCAUUGUGAUUUGCGGUGGCUUCUCUUGUUGUGGAGCACAGGCUCUAGGUGCGUGGGCUUCAGUAGUUGUGGCUUGUGGGCUGUAGAGUGCAGGCUCAGUAGUUGCGGUGCAUGGGCUUAGUUGCCCCGCAGCAUGUGGGAUCUUCCUGGACCAGGGAUCGAACCCGUGUCCCCUGCAUUGGCAGGCGGAUUCUUAACCACUGUACCGCCAGGGAAGUCCCGCGGGUGCUUUUUAUGUGCAUCAUCUGGUAAUCCUCUUUCUACAGGUGAAAAAAGAGACUCAGGAUUUUAUGAGCUAUCCAUUUCUGAUCUCUUUCAGUCCUGCAAGACACUUCCCUUCUUCAGGAAGCGAGUUUGAGGGACGCACAGCAGGUGACUGCCCUCCAGCUG